UGGAACUGUGGAUCAUGAUCCGUUUCCUUCCUUCCACACUUCCUCCAGUGGAAUUGUCUCAUUCUAAAUUUUUCUCUGGGUGGUCAGAUUUUACCAUCAUUAAAUAGAGCCAUUCUUCAUUUCUUAACGACUUGUUUGUGUCUGUGACAGAAAACGAGAGAAGUGAGAUGGGGAGGAUAUUUGUGGUAGAUCUAGAAGGCAGGACAUACAAGUGCAAAUUUUGCAAAACCCACCUGGCCCUUGCUGGUGACCUUGUUUCUAGGGGUUUCCACAGUCGCAGAGGAAAAGCAUACCUCUUCAGUAAUGCUGUAAAUAUAUCUGUUGGACCUCGUGAGGAUAGAAUGAUGCUUUCUGGAAUGCAUACGGUAGCUGAUAUAUAUUGCUGCCGCUGUGGACAAAUAGUUGGGUGGAAAUAUGAGGCUGCCCAUGAGAAAAGUCAAAAGUAUAAGGAGGGAAAGUUUGUACUUGAGAGAGGAGGGAUCAUGGAUGGUUUGGACUCAGAAUUCUAUAUUGAUACUCGUCCAAGCAUGAGUGAUGCUGAGGACGCAUAGAUUACUGUUAUCGUUUAUUGUACAUGUUAGAUAAUGUAGUGAAUUUGGAGAACCUUGGCUUCCAGUUAAUAGAUAAGUCCUGUGUAUGUACGUUGUCGCAGUUAUUCAACUAAAGUUUGAUAUAUAGAUGUAUGCUAAAAUAGUUUUACCAGCAAUUACCAAGGUCUUUUAUGUUUUAA